UUUCAUCACCAGAGAGAGAGAGAGAGUGUGUGUUCCAGAGAUAGAUGUAGAAAGAGACAGAGGGAGGGUGGGAGAGAGACAGAUUAUUGGUUUUUUUUCACCACCACAGAGAGAGAGAGAGAGAGAGAGAGAGAGAGAGAGGAGGGAGAACAUGGAGUAUAAAAAAUUGUAUCUAUAGGAGUAGUUUAUACAUUUAUGUGUGUUGUGUGUUCAUAUAAGCAAUGGCGACAGAUAUGCGCACACGAUGUAUACGCAUACGAUAAUGCGAUUGACGCCGACGCCCAACCAAAUCGAAUUCAUUCCGGGGGAGACUUUUCUUCGCCCCUCCAUUAUUCCACCCCUCUCUCUCUUCUCUGUUUCUCCCCCACUUUCUCUCUCUACAAUUCUCAUUUCAGGCACGUGAAGAUCUUAUAAUCGGGAGACAGAAUGUCGACACAGAAAAAUUUGAGGAAAGCACUUGGAGCUAUUAAGGAUAGCACCACUGUCAAUUUGGCAAAAGUAAAUAGUGAGUACAAGGAGCUGGAUGUUGCAAUUGUUAGGGCCACAAAUCAUGUUGAGCGCCCAGCGAAAGAAAAACACAUAAGAGCUAUUUUUGCUGCUAUUUCAGCUACAAGGCCUCGAGCUGAUGUUGCCUAUUGCAUUCAUGCUUUGGCUAGACGAUUGUCAAAGACACACAACUGGGCGGUUGCAUUGAAAACCUUAAUUGUUAUUCAUCGUGCUCUGAGAGAAGUGGACCCCACUUUUCAAGAAGAGCUAACCCAUUAUGGAAGAAGAAGAACCCAUAUGCUCAAUUUGGCCCAUUUCAAAGAUGAUUCCAGUCCAAAUGCAUGGGAUUACUCUGCUUGGGUCCGCACUUAUGCCUUAUUUUUAGAGGAGAGGCUGGAAUGUUUUCGUAUAUUGAAGUAUGAUGUCGAGAGCGACCACUCUAGAAGUAAAGAUUUGGACACUCCACGUUUGCUUGAGCAUUUACCAGCUUUGCAGCAGCUUUUAUUUCGUGUUCUUGGCUGCCAGCCACAAGGAGCCGCGGUUCAUAACUUUGUAAUUCAACUGGCACUUUCCAUGGUUGCUUCUGAAAGCAUCAAAAUCUGUAAUGCUAUUAGCGAUGCUACUGUUAAUUUGGUUGACAAGUUCUUCGAGAUGCAACGCCUUGACGCUCUCAAGGCUUUGGAUAUGUAUAGGAGGGGAGAAAAACUGGCUGAGAGGCUAUCCGAGUUUUAUGAAGUAUGCAAAAGCCUUGACAUUGGGCGAGGAAAGAAAUUUGUUUCGAUUGAGCAGAAGGCACCGUCAUCAUUUGUACAAACAAUGGAGGAGUAUGUGAGAGAAGCACCACGAGGUUCAACAUUUCGAAAGGAUCAGGGGACUGAUGACAAAAACGCUUCUCCGAAGAUAAUCUUGGCCCUAGAGUACAAGAAAUCUCCGGAGGUGCAGGAGGAGGCACAUUCGCCAUCCCCACCUGAACCAGAGCCAGAACCAGAACCAGAACCAGAACCAGCUAAGGUGGAAGCUCCAGUUGCUGAGCCACGUGAUCUGCUGGGUUUGAAUGAUCCUACUCCAGCUGCUUCAGAUUUAUAUGAAAAGAAUGCUCUCGCAUUGGCUAUUGUGCCUGUUUCUGAUCAAUCAGCUCCUGCUGGCCCAAAUCUGGCAAAUGGAACUACAGGCUGGGAAUUGGCCCUUGUUACUGCUCCAAGCUCAAAUGAGAGUGCCACAGCUGAUAGCAAACUGGGGGGAGGACUGGAUAAGUUAACCCUGGACAGCCUAUACGAUGACGCACUAAGGAGAAGCAACCAGAAUGUGAGCUAUAACCCCUGGGAGCCUGCCCCAAUAACCAGUCCCACGAUGCCACAAAUGGUACAUGACCCAUUCUUCGCCUCCAACACCAUGGCGGCCCCUCCUUCCGUGCAAAUGGUAGCCAGGGCCAACCAGCACCAAGCUUUCAUGUUCCAGCAGCAGCAGCAGCAGCAGAUGAUGAUGACGACGAUGAUGGGCCCACAGCAGCAACAUCAUGUAAAUCCCUUCAGCAACGCAUACGGUUCCAGUAUUCACCCCUACGGCGUCCAAGCCCACAACACAUACGCUGGCCUCAUUUAGGCUGUGGUUUAUACUCUAUUCUGGACCUUAGGAAGGAAUGCCGGGAAAAACUGGGAUUCGUUCGAAUUCUUUUUUCUCAUUCUUUUCCCUCGACAAAUCUCUCCACAAAUCCAAGAUCCAAACACAAUCCAAGACAAAAAAAACCAAUUCUUUAUGCUUUUUUCGGAUAUUAACCGCGGGAAGAUUUGAAGUAUAGUGAAGUACUGAAGUCAUGUGUACCAUAUGUUGUGCUAAGUGCAGGAGCCAAGAGGAGAUACAGUGCAUUGUUUAUGUUGUUCAUAGACCAUACUGGUAAUAAUGUUCAUAUAGACCUGCUUAUUUGUACUUGAUGGCUGAAGCAGGAUUCUCAUUCUUGUAAUUUGUUUAUACACCUUCUAUUCUUUUGUCUAUCAAGAUGUAAACCUUCAUUUGACGUGACUCAUAUAAUGUAUAUUUUGUGAUUAUCGAAACGGAUUUAU